UAAAACCUUCUUCAUCAUUCACGGCUGGACGGAAUUUCUGUGACUGCCUCAUCCCUGAAGGUGUUCAAGGCUGGGCUGGAUGGCACUUUGAACAACCUGGUCUAGUGGAAGAUGUCUCUGUCGAUGGCAGGGGAGUUCAAACUAGAUAAUCUUUAAGGUCCUUUCCUACCCAAACCAUUUUAGAAUUCUAUGAAUACAGAAAUCUGGGAAAACUUUUUAUGUUCUGAGCACAAUGGUCUCUUAAAAGAUGCACCUCUAUUGAGAUCUCUGGAGGAAAGUGUUCGGGGUCAGGCUUAGAAACUCUGAAAUCACCCAACUCAUUCAUAACUGCUCACAAUCACUUCCUUGCUGUAUAAUGUGAACAUGGCACUAAAAUCCAACUGACUGACCACUAUGAAUGUGACACUUGACUUGACAGGCACGUGUGUAGCCCUUCUGUAAUCGUAGCUGAGUGCCCAGUCCUGACGUCUGCUAUGUGCACUCCUUGAUAAAGAAACAAGAGGGCAGGCAGACUUUAUCACGGUUUUAAUUCUGCAUUUGAUGAGGCUGAGUGUGUGGCACAAGGGUGCUUAUCAGCUCUGCCAGGGCUUAUGCAAACCACACUGCCAGGUCUGGCGAAUAAUUUUGCAAUCCAUCAGAAUUUCUGAAACUCUUGAGAAAAAGUGUGAUAAGGUGGCACGUAACGAAUGCCUCUCCCGCCUGCCCUAGAAGGCAAGUGGGUAAUUACAGCCAGAGUCUCUCAAAACCUGUUUUUCUUACUCCGUUGCAUGCAUGCUCUUACUGCAUUGCUGGGAGGUAGUGGGGCUUGCAGAGGAGCAGCAUGCGGCUGGAGCAGCAAAUGUAAAUGACAUGCAAAUAACUAGACUGUGGAUGUGUCAUCUUGGUCCUGUGAGCUGGAAACUGACACCUGAAUCUCUUUCUAGAUGAGUGGCAUGUUCGAAACCUGGCUUGACAGCUUGGUGUCCGCUCUGCAGGAGAGGGAGAAGGAUGCCAACGUGGUCGUGGUGGACUGGCUCUCUCUUGCCCACCAGCUCUACACCGAUGCCGUGAACAACACGCAGAUUGUUGGAAAAACCAUAGCGAGGUUGCUUGACUGGUUACAGGAAAACCCCCUCUUCAAGCUUGAGAAUGUCCACCUGAUUGGGUACAGCCUGGGUGCCCACGUGGCUGGCUUUGCUGGUAACCACGUCCAUGGCACUAUAGGCAGAAUUACAGGCUUGGAUCCUGCUGGCCCCAUGUUUGAAGGAGUGGACCCCAGCAGGCGCCUCUCCCCAGAUGAUGCCAAUUUUGUGGAUGUCCUUCACACCUACACCAGGGAAACACUGGGUGUUAGCAUUGGGAUCCAGAUGCCUGUGGGCCACCUUGACAUCUACCCCAACGGGGGAGACUUCCAGCCUGGCUGUGGCCUAAGUGAUGUCUUGGGAGCCAUUGCCUAUGGGACAAUUGGUGAAGUUGUUAAAUGCGAGCACGAGCGGUCUGUGCACCUCUUCGUGGACUCCCUGGUGAACCAGGACAAGCAGAGCUUCGCGUUUCAGUGCACCGAUUCCAGUCGCUUCAAGAAGGGCAUCUGCCUGAGCUGCCGCAAGAACCGCUGCAACGGCAUCGGCUACAACGCCCGCAGGAUCCGGCACAAGAGGAACAGCAAGAUGUACCUGAAAACCAGGGCUGACAUGCCCUUCAAAGUCUACCACUACCAGAUGAAAAUGCACGUCUUCAGCUAUAAGGGCCUGGGAGAGGUUGAUCCCACCUUCUCUGUCACCCUCCAUGGCACCAAUGGAGACUCUGAGCCCCUCUCUUUAGAAAUGCUUGAUCUAAUUGGCCUAAAUGCUACCAACACCUUCCUGGUCUAUACUGAGGAGGACAUGGGUGAACUUCUGAAAAUAAAGCUCACCUGGGAAGGGACGUCUCAGUCGUGGUAUGAUCUGUGGAAAGAGCUCAGGAGCUACUGGUACAGGCCUGUGAAUUCCUCCCAGGAGCUCCACAUCAGACGAAUACGUGUGAAAUCUGGGGAGACACAACAGAGAUUUGCUUUCUGUGUGGAGGACUCCCAGCUAACCAGUAUAUCUCCUGGCAAAGAGCUCUGGUUUGUGAAGUGCACAGAGGAAUGGCAGAAAAGGUCUGUCUCAAAUCUGCUCUGAAGGCUUCCCUAAAGACUCACAACCAAGCAACCUAGAUGCAUGAAGACCACACAGGUGGCACGAUGCUCUGGGAAAAACCGGCUUGGUAGCACUUAAAGAAACUAGCUCUUCAGGAAGAAACAUCUUGGAUUGGAUGCAAGAAACUGAGGAGCAAUUGAUGAACCAUGGUCCUAGACCUAGAAUAACUAAAACUCCAUUUUCCCUUUCCCAAGGAGCCUGGUUUGUGCAUUUAACCUUACCUUGACCUGUUACACACUGCAUUUUCCCUUCCCUGCUCCCGUUAACCAGGACUAUGGAUGAGAUCUUCACAGACUGAGACCUCAGCAAUGAUCUUCUGGUCUGCCUGCCAGUGGAGUUGAGAAGACAAAUAACCACGCUAACUGCCCGUCAGACUGUGGGUGACAGAGCUGCCAAGAACAAAUUAGCACCUAGGGUAGGGGUUACCAUGGUCCUGUAGCACUGUGGGAAGGUGAGACCAGCACAGGUCAGGUGUGUGGGGUUGUCCAGGGAAGGGCUGCGGAUAAGCACAAUGCCACUUAACUUCAAGUUGACCUUUGCUUGCCUUAAAAAUAAUCCGUUUGGAUACUGAAAUGUCUGUUUGCCUGACAUAUGGCCCGAUGAGAAGGCAGAGCUCUGUCUUCCCUUGUGCCUGGGGCAGGACACGGUGCAGGUGGUGGUGGUGGUGGCAGCUGCUCCUCACUGCCUGGUCAGAGUCUGCAGUGGGGCCGCCCUGUCCCACGUGGGGAUCCCUUUUUAAGGGGCAGAGAGAAGCUGCCCUUGUUCUGACCACAGGGAUGGAGGAAGGCAAUGCACCAUGGUGCCUCAGGAGAGCUUUGCACCACUCCUUUUAGCCUCUGAGAACGUGCUCCCCUCUGCUCAGAAGCUGUUGUAGUACCAAUGCAUAAUUAAGACCUUAUUUUUGAGUGCCAAACACCCUGCCCUCCACUGUCACAACACCCCAGUUGGAUUCCCUUGUCCCAGGUGAUCUUGGCUUGGCUUUGAGUUGGACAGACUCUGCAGCUGUCCUGUUUGCUACAGCAGAGUGGGCCUUUGUCAGUUGGUAAAAUAGGUUUUGUUUUGGUUGCUUGCUUUUUUCUUUUAUUUCUUUUUCCUUUUUUUUUUUUCUUUCUUUCUGGAAGGAUAAUUGGUAUAACAACCCUUGAGCUUUUGGCAUGCAGAAAGGCAAUCUCAAAAAUGGUGUUGCCAGGUGGUGCACUGAGUUCUGAAGUCUUAGCAAGUCCUUCUGAGGCCUACAAAUCUCUUCAGUUUUUGUAGAGCUUCACUCCAACCAAAGCAAGCACAUUUGGGGAUAUUUUUUUCAUGGUUUUAUGCAAAGACUUCGAAAACGGAAGCCUUUGGUAAGUAUCUGUGAGUUGUUGCCAUGCCAUACUUAGAGAAGUUUCAAAGCCCUAUUUGUAUAUUGUGGUUUUUGUAUGACUUAAAACAUAAUUUAUUUCUCAUAUUGUAUAUAUGUAAAAUUUAAAACAUUUGGUUUUGAGUAACAGUUUUUAUGAGCCUUGAGAUCAAAAAUAAAGGGCUUUGUAAAAAUCA